AUGUAUCAAAAUACACGGGAUUCAUUGUAUACCAUUCCUGGAGUUAAAUGUGCUUGUCAAGCUGGAGAACAAGGUGUUAAAAAAGCAGUAGAAAUUGCUUAUGGAGCAACUCAAUACGGAACUCAAAAACUUAAAGAUGUUAAAGAUUCAUUAAAUUUACCAUCAUUAAAUUCUGAAGAUUCUAAAACCGCAUUUGCUGUACAGUAUACGCUUGCCACCGGGCGAUUGCUUUCUAUGUUGUUUUCCUGGUUGUGGAUAUUAAAACCUCACAUACCUGAAAAAAAAUCCCAACAAUCAGUUGCGGACAAUUCAAUCAUUGAUAAAAAAGAAUCCGAAGAAAAUUCAAAGGCUAAUUCUUUUGGUAUAAAAAAAAAGGCUCACGCGGGUAAGAUAAUAGUAGUGUUGUUGUUAUUAUCAUUAGCCUAG